GUGAAUUCUAAAAUUUCAUACUUUAUUUGCUUUGUUUUUUAUCUUUUGGCACUUAGGUUUUAAUCGAUUUUUUUUAUCAUACCAACAGAUAAGAAGGUUAUUCAUUGUUUCCGUUAUCUGCUAAGCCUCUUCAAGCUUCCCUCCAAUAAAUAGUCGAAGGUAAGUUUGAAUUAUUAAAACUUAUCAAAAACAAAUUCGUGUGGGUGCUGGAGAAGACCAAUUAUUGGUUCUCUUGCUUGUGAAGUUAAAUAAAGGGGUUGAUUCAAUCACAACCUGAGUUAGGGAAUUAAAUAAAAAAGGUGACGGCAUAGAUAUAGUGCUAUCAUUAUUGUUAAUAAUUGUUUAUUUGAAGAUAAAAGUUGACAUUUUUCUGAUCCUGAUGAAUGUUAUUGGUAUGAAACAGUUUUGUUAAAUACAGUUUAUAUCCUCAUUCAGUUUCACAUGCUCGUUUGGUGUCUGUAUUAAUUCAUCAUUAUGGCGCAACAAGCAUCAUCAUCAUCAUCAUCUUCUUCUUUCAUAUCAAAAUACAAGUAUGAUGUGUUUCUUAGUUUUCGUGGUGCAGAUACCCGUUUUCGUUUUACGGGUAAUCUAUACAGUGCUUUGAGUCAAAGGGGAAUCUUUACCUUCAUUGAUGAUGAAGCUCUGCGAAAAGGCGAAGAGAUCGCACCUUCUCUUGGCAGAGCAAUAAAAGAAUCCAGGAUUUCCAUCAUUGUUUUCUCCAAAAAUUAUGCAUCUUCAACAUUUUGUUUGGAUGAACUUGUCCAAAUCCUUGAGUGUAAAACAAAACAAAACAUGUGGAUUUUUCCGGUGUUCUACGAAAUAGAUCCAUCAGAUGUGCGGCAGAAGAAUGGGAGUUACAAAGAAGAGUUUGCAAAUCACGAAGGUGGAAGAUUCAAAGAUGAUAUUCAGAAGCUGCAAAAAUGGAGGAACGCUUUGCAUCAAGCAGCUAAUUUGUCUGGUUCGCACUUCAAAAUUGGGCUGGUAACCUCUCUGAAUCGACUCUUUCACUGCAUCCAACACCACCUGAGUCUUGCUUCCUACUCAAAACUGGCCAAGUCUUCUCAGGCUUCAUUUCACACCCCUUAACCUUUUGAACCAAAUCAGCAAACUCCUUAACCAUCAAAGCAUCUUGAGAAAACCCUGUCUCUACAACAUGCUCAUUUGGCUUUGGACACCACAUUCCCGGUUCAAUCUUCCCAUAAUCCAACUCUGAGGCCUCCAAAAAUUUUCCAUGCCCUAAACUUUCUUCAAAUGGAAGAGCAAAAUCAUGGAGACGAAGACACCCUUUUGUUCCCAAAACUGUUACAUCAAAGGUUACAUAGGAGAGCCACAAGAGAUUAUUGCACCUUCUUCAUUGAGAAUUGCUCCUGGGAAUGCAAGCACUGAUUUUGGAAGUUCAUAGUCCACAGUCCAUAAGAUGGCUCUUAUGCAAUACCAACCAGUGUCACCUAGGGCACCAAGACCAUCUAAAUCUGGCUUCACACGAAUGCUGUUUUUGAGAAAUUCAGGACCAGGGUUGUAUGUGAGGCAAGUGUGUAUCUGAUGAAGAACACAUGCAAAAGAUAUAUAUACUCAAUAACAUGUUUGAAAUUAUAACAUCA